CCCCAUCAAGAGAACAUGGAAAUGUUUGCUUUUACUUCUUCUUGCAAAUGCACAUGGUGACAUGGAUCAUGUUGAUUCAUUCCAAUCCAAUCGAAGAAAGAGGCCACUUGUCGUCCCAUUCCUCCACUCCCCGUUCUCUCGAGCUACUCCAAACAAAAACAAAACAUAAACCGACACACAAUUAUAUAAACAAGGGAAGAAGAAUCAAGAACGUAUCCACGUUUCCACAUUUGACGCAGAACAGAGGAAACAAAAAAGAAGGAAAAAACAGAGUUCCUACCGUGAUUCCCCUUCAGACUGCGAGACACUACUGACAUGGCUUCUGCUUCGAUGCCGUUCGCCGCAACUUUCUCUUCCUCGCCAUUGCAGAGUAUCGCUGAAAAGGCAAGGUCUUAUUCUCCUACCUUGCAGUCGCUGGGCGUUUCCCUCGCAUCAUUCAGGUUAUCCCCCCUCGCCUCUUCCAGAUCAGGGUUUCUGCAACAUGGGUUCUCUUUGCAAUCUCAGAAACUAGUCGGGGUUGCUCCGAAGACUCGUUCUUUUGGCGUUUUCGCCACAGCUGCCACUGAGAAAUCUAUUCAUGACUUCACUGUCAAGGACAUUGAUGGUAACGAUGUGUCUCUAAGCAAAUUCAAGGGCAAAGUUCUGCUAAUUGUCAAUGUUGCUUCGAGAUGCGGUUUGACAUCUUCGAACUAUUCGGAAUUGUCGCACAUUUAUGAGAAGUACAAGGCACAAGGUAAGCCCUAUACCAACAACUUUCUAAAACGAACAAAUAAGAAGAAACGAAGAAGAAAAAUAAAAAGAAAUCUCAUCGGCCAAAUGCACCUUACUUUGCUGUUAUUAUCUACUAGUUGUUGUUUGUUCAUAUUGUGGAAGUAGUCGGUGAUUGCCCACUACUGGUUCUUACAUUUUAAGAGUCUUAUUUUAUAGUUGGCGUGGUAUCAGUAUUAAGUAUGGUAUUAAGAAAGAAAAACACGGUUUGUGUUUGUAUGUAGGACUUGAAAUCCUAGCCUUCCCUUGCAACCAGUUUGGAGGCCAAGAACCAGGAUCGAAUCCUGAGAUCAAGCAAUUCGCUUGUACUCGUUUCAAAGCUGAAUUCCCAAUAUUCGAUAAGGUUGACGUAAAUGGACCGAGCACAGCCCCCGUGUACAAGUUUCUCAAGUCUAGUGCUGGGGGCUUCUUAGGCGAUUUGAUCAAAUGGAACUUUGAGAAGUUCUUGGUGGACAAGGACGGGAAGGUUGUUGAACGUUACCCGCCAACAACAUCGCCUUUCCAGAUCGAGAAGGAUAUCCAGAAGCUGCUCGCCGCGUAAAUACCCAGCCUCCCCAAAUCACAUUGAACGGAUCGAUCAUGUAUACUUGGUAACACAUUUGUUUGUACAUGUCUGCAUACAGACAUCACGUAUAUACAUGUCUUAAGCCUUUCGGUGUUAGUAAUAGUGCUCUGUGUACUCUCAGACCUCUGUACACUUCGAUGAUUUUUGUAGUUUGAAAGGACGGUACUUUUGUUAAUUGCAGAAGGUAACAUUCCAAAAAGGGAGAGUUGGGUGUGUUUAAGUAAAUCCAGAAGCCAUUAACGGGCUGCAACGCCAACAAUCCUGGGAUGAACCGAACCCUAGCAGCAGCAAGCUCAGGUUGCUCUGUUCUGCGAGUUCUUAACCUGCAAUCAAAACACAAGCUCACCAAAGUGGUAUCACUAUCAUUAGUCUUAGAAAACACAAAAGAGCUAUUGUUACUAUGAAGCAACUGGCAUAGAUAGAUGAGCUUGUGCAAAGAGUGAAGUUUCGAGUCGUGUUUCAUCUACCUAGACCAAUAUCCUGAACGAAAUUCUUUUGUCAAGUUUAUGUUCAAACGAGUCUUGCCUUACCCGCUUUGAAGAUUGCUCUUCGAGGUUUUUAAGAAUAGCAAUUUUAGGGUGAAUUAAUUUAUUGAUGGAGUAGAAGCA